CUACGAUCACAAAGCCAUAUACAUAAGUACUACCACCAUAACGCCUUACUCAAGUCACUGUCACUUCCAAAGCCGCCGCAAAACCCCAAAACAGAAACCGCAAAACGUUGCCGUUCCUGGGGUGUUAAAGGCCCUACAUACACAUAUAAAUGUAUAUAUGUGUGUGUAUGUGUGUGUGUGUGUGUGUAUAGCAGCGUUUCGCGUUCAUUAAACUUUAACGACCAAAACCAAACCUUAUACAGCGAAAUUGACAAAACGGUAGAGCAAGCUGUGGACAAGCCGUGCGUCAAAAACUAUAGCAUACUUUUGUGCGGCCUCUUUUAAAGUGCAUAUUAAGAGUUCAUUGCAAUUGUUGUGAUACGUAACGAAUAUACGCGAUCUAAAUAAGGAGACAAAAGAAUACAGAUUUAAGGCAAACUUUCUACUCCAGCCUGCCCACCCUUCAGCUCGCCCGCCCCGCCCUGCCCCGCCUGUCAUCGUCGCCAACACCUCCACCAACGAACACCACCACCAACAACAAAUUGCAUAAUAAACUCAGCAACAAUUAAUAUAAAUAAUUAACCAAACGGCUACUCACAAAAUACAUAAAAAAGAAGUCAUUAAAAUCCAAAGUACAAAACCCGAAACUAAAUGUAUUUGUUCUUAGCAUAAACGAAAUGAGCAUAAUCCGCCAGAAAUAAAAACGAAUAAAUUAUUUAAUAUAGCAGCAUACGGUAUUAUUAUAUUUACAUAAAAAGUGUAGAGGACACUCGCGGUUUAUUCAUGCCCACACACAUGUUAACAUAAUCGUUACUCCCAGAGCGCCCCAUAAAACUGUACCUUUAACACGGAAAAUCAUCGAAACACAAAUAGAAACAUAAGCAAUACGACUAGUGAGAGCUGUUAACUACAAUACUUUAGACACUACAUUUUAGACAGUCAACAAGCAACCGUUACUUAAUACCUAUAACCCACCAAAAAUCCAAAAAAAACAAAAAAAAUAAAGUCGCUCCCAGCUUCAAGAAAAAAAUUCAAGGAAACACAUAACAACAACAAUAAGAAGUGCAUUUGAGUUGCUUUGUUUGAGUGAGAUAGCUAGUGCCGACGCUAAGCAACAACAACGAAAAGCAAUUAUUUUGUUUACGUGUCUUCGCCAUUAAAUGUAUAUAUGUACGUUUAUGUAUAUGUAUGUCGUGUGUAUGUAUUAGUUAAUGCCAAAACUCGAAACGAAAUACGAUGACCAGAUUUCGAAUUGUGUCAGACGAAGCGGAGCGUGUUUUUUGUCUGUAACAACAACAACAACAACAACAACAACUACUACUUCAACAAAACUAACAUCAUAAUAAAAAUCCAACAAAAGCAACAACAACAAGAACAAAGAGCAAAAAAGGGGAGGAAGGAGGAAAGAGCUGCCAUUGGAGGAGCGUGUCGUUGCAUUGCGGGUGUUUGGCGGCGCGUAUUUGCGUUUAUGUAUGUGCAUGUGUAUGUGUACGUAUGCGACGGUAACAGGCGGCGAAAGUAAAAUUUCACCGUUUGUUUGUGAUGGUAAAAAAUGCACGUUAAACAUACACAGCGCCGAGUCAGCGGUCCUGGAGCCUUUGGAACAUUUACCAACGCCAACGAUCAACGCGCUAGCCGAGACAGCUUGUAUCCGAACGACCAGCAGCAGCAGCAGCAGCGUCACUCCCACUCUCACCAACAGCUGGUGCGGCAAUCCCUGACCAGCCUUACUACACAGGGUAACGGCAGCGGCAACGGGGGAUCGGCGGCGGCGGGUGCGACUACAAGACGAGCGGCGCAAGCGGUAGCCGGUGAUGAGCAGCGGACGCAGCGAGAACGGGAGCACAGUAGCAGCAGUCGCCUAUCCAGCGGCAUCUCCAAGCAGAACUCCUACGAUAGCAGCAGCAGCACACUAGGUCGCGGCAGCAAGCGCAGUCACCAACAACAGCAACACCACCACCAACAACAACAACAGCAACAACAGCAGUCGGCAGUCACACCCACAGUCACCCCAAAUCCGCCCAAUCUCUCGCACAGCCACAGCCCCGUCAGCUGCGGCACCAUCAGCACUGGCGGCCAGUCGGCGCUCUAUGAUGCUUGCCAUGAAUAUAGUCGCAGCUUGAGUGCAGCACCCACAAUCGGGGCAGGAGCUGGGGCCGUUGGAAUUGGGGACGAGCUUAUUGGGCACAAUUUCAGCAACUCGGAUCCAAUCACACGUUAUAGCCACUUGGACGACAGCCACGCGGAUGCAUCGGUCCUCAAGAGCCACUAUAGCGAGUGCAACAUCUAUGCGAAGCAGCGACAGCUUGCGGAGCCGCACUUUACGAACCUAAAUUUGAGCAGCGAAUACGACAGUGGCAACGACAAACAGCAGCUGGUCAAUCAGACCUACAUCUUUAAGUGCAUUGCCAAUAGUCCCUCGUUUCUGCGCACCAACAAGAUCAAGGAGCAGUCGAAGAAGCUGCGCAAUCUAUCGCUGAAGACGCGCAACGCCAAGAAGAAGGGUCAGAUAAUAUCGAAGUCGAACGCGGUGUCCGAUAAUUCGCUGCAUCCGGGUGAUAAGUAUCUCAACUUGUAUCUGGUGGAGAAGAAACAUUCGCUCCAGUCUCAUCCAACGCCCACAUCUGCAUCAGCGCCGGCCACCUCGGCAACAUCGGCCACUUCGGCAGCAUCUAUCUCAGCGGCAUCGUCGGCGGCGGGUGCGGUUGCGCGCACCUUACCGGCUCUGUCGGCGGUUGCGGCGCGACAACAACAAUUGCUGUUAAACGGCGCGUUAAAAACGAAAACGUUUCCCACAUAUCGGGCAUCGGUGAAGAGCGACACGAAGGACUAUCGGAGCAGCAGCAGCACCAGCACCAUUCCGGGCACUGGCCAAAGUCCACCGGUGGUGCCGCACUCGCUGGCGGCUAAGAUCAGCAGCAAGAACUGCAAUUUGUUGCACAACGCCGGCAACAAGCUCAGCGUGAGCACGAAUUCGUGCAACAAACUUCAUGCAGCGUCUGCGGCACAUGUGCACGGACACGGCGGACGCGCACACAGCUACGGCUACGCCUACCAUCCACAUCAUCAACAGCAGCAGCAGCAGCAGCAGCCACACCAGCAGCAGCAACAUCAGCAGCAACAACAACAACAACACAAUCCACAGCACCCCCAGCAUUUGGCAUCGCCCAAGAGCUCCGUCUCGAGCAACGGCCAUCUGAACAAGUACUGCCUCACGGACAUCAGUCGGCGCAAGGCCGAGUUCAAUCGCCAGCUCAGCGCUCCCACGGACUACACGCACCACUCGUCCAGCAACGGAUCGCAGCAGGGCUCGGAGGCGGCCAAUGAGCCGGUUGGCGAGUCGACGAUAACUGUAGCCAGUGCUGGGGUCUUGGGAUUUGGACACGGCGUUGGUGGCAGCGGGAGUGCGCACACCGGCUCUAGCUCCGGGCCAGCCACUGCUCCCGGAACACUCAAAUCCUCACUGCACUUCCACAACUUUGGCGUACAUCCGCGACCCACUUCCACGUCGUGCACCAACAGCUUUAACCGACGCCACAUACGCAAGCAUAAGACCAAGCUUAGCGAGCGCUUACUAAGAGGCGAUAGUGAGGAAUCAGUGCGUUGCUCAUACUGCUCCGUUUUGAAUGUGAAUGAGAACGACCUGCGCAUUUCUUUCGAGAAUACCUGCACCGACUCGCUGGUAACCGCUUUCGAUGAUGAGGCUCUGCUAAUAUGCGACCAAGGAACCGAAAUGGUACACUUUGAUGACGUGUCGUUGUACGGCACUCCGAAAGAGGAGCCAAUGCCCAACAUACCGAUUGUCUCGGAAAAAGUAUCUGCGAAUUUCCUAAAAAGUCAAUUGCAAUCAUGGUUCCAACCGACGGACAAUCGUCUGGCCAUGAAAUUAUUUGGCAGCCGCAAAGCGUUGGUCAAAGAGCGCAUACGUCAGAAAACUUCCGGGCACUGGGUGAUACACCCGUGCAGUUCAUUCAGGUUUUACUGGGACCUUUGCAUGCUUUUAUUAUUAGUAGCAAAUCUUAUUAUCCUGCCAGUCGCAAUAUCAUUCUUCAACGAUGAUCUGAGCACACGAUGGAUUGCCUUCAACUGCCUAAGUGAUACUAUUUUUUUAAUAGAUAUUGUAGUCAAUUUUAGAACAGGAAUUAUGCAACAAGACAACGCUGAACAAGUAAUAUUGGAUCCAAAGCUUAUAGCUAAACACUAUUUAAGAACCUGGUUUUUUCUCGAUUUAAUUUCGUCGAUACCGCUAGAUUAUAUAUUUUUAAUUUUCAAUCAAAUUAUGAAAUUGCAGGAUUUCUCUGAUUCUUUUCAAAUAUUGCAUGCUGGACGCGCUCUGCGCAUCCUGCGCCUAGCCAAGUUACUUUCUUUAGUUCGCCUGCUGCGACUCUCCCGCCUUGUGCGCUACGUUUCGCAAUGGGAGGAGGUUUAUUUCCUCAAUAUGGCCUCGGUGUUCAUGAGGAUCUUCAAUUUAAUUUGCAUGAUGCUCUUAAUCGGACACUGGAGCGGUUGUCUGCAGUUCUUAGUGCCAAUGUUACAGGGUUUUCCAUCAAAUUCCUGGGUGUCCAUCAACGAGUUACAGGAGUCGUAUUGGCUGGAGCAGUAUUCGUGGGCGUUGUUCAAAGCUAUGUCCCACAUGCUGUGCAUCGGCUAUGGCAGAUUUCCGCCGCAAUCAUUGACGGACAUGUGGCUAACGAUGUUAUCAAUGAUAUCGGGCGCCACGUGCUAUGCAUUGUUCCUUGGUCAUGCGACCAAUUUAAUACAGAGUUUGGACUCCAGUAGGCGGCAGUAUCGCGAGAAGGUCAAGCAGGUGGAGGAGUACAUGGCCUAUCGUAAGUUGCCGCGUGAUAUGCGACAACGCAUUACGGAAUACUUCGAGCAUCGGUACCAGGGCAAGUUCUUCGAUGAAGAGCUGAUCCUGGGCGAGUUGAGCGAGAAACUGCGCGAGGAUGUCAUCAACUAUAAUUGCAGAUCCCUCGUGGCUUCAGUGCCUUUUUUUGCUAAUGCCGAUUCGAAUUUCGUUUCCGACGUAGUAACCAAACUGAAAUACGAAGUUUUCCAACCAGGUGAUAUUAUCAUAAAAGAGGGUACGAUCGGUACAAAAAUGUACUUCAUACAGGAGGGUGUUGUGGACAUUGUCAUGGCCAACGGCGAGGUUGCGACCUCACUAUCGGACGGUUCUUACUUCGGUGAGAUCUGUCUGCUGACCAAUGCGCGUCGUGUGGCAAGUGUGCGGGCCGAAACCUAUUGCAAUCUAUUCUCUUUGAGCGUGGAUCAUUUUAAUUGCGUUCUGGACCAGUAUCCACUUAUGCGAAAGACUAUGGAAACUGUGGCCGCAGAGCGCUUGAAUAAGAUCGGCAAAAAUCCAAAUAUAAUGCAACAGAAGGAUGAGCAACUGAGCAAUCCAGAAUCGAACACAAUUACUGCGGUGGUGAAUGCAUUAGCCGCCGAAGCCGACGACUGUAAAGAUGAUGACAUGGAUCUCAAAGAGAAUUUACUGCAUGGUUCGGAGUCGAGCAUCACUGAGCCGGUUCAAACGAUACGCGAAGGUUUGCCUAGACCGAGGAGCGGAGAGUUUCGUGCCCUUUUUGAGGGCAAUACUCCAUGACCCUGAGGCAUCAUGAAAUGCGAACAUCGAGCAACCAUUUGAAUGCUCAAUGACAUUGCACGUAAAUUAAAUAGUGACACAUUUACACUCACACACAUAACAUAACACUCAUUCUGGUAGAGACACUGACACAAGCCUACAUAUAUAUACUUGUAAUAAUUAGAGAUAAACCAAACGCGAUAAAGAUAACACUUUAAAAAACAAAAGAAGAAUCAAUUUAUGGUAGACACUCUAAAUAUGCAAUUGCGAUUUAGUAGAAACGUAUUAAAAGAUGAAAACACACACAAAAAUUGUCCUCAAUAAUUAUUCAUAAUUUCAGCUCCGCUAACUGUGAUGACUUUAAUAUAAGAAUCGAAAAAAAAUUUUGAAAAAACAAAACGAGUUUAUAACUUAAAUGAUAACAUUCAGCAAAAACCAGUCAAAGCAAACCACAAAAGUGCAGUAAAAGCGCAACUACGUGAAACCACACAGCCAUAAGCAGAAGGGAACUCUAAAUCAGACAGAUCAGACAAAGAAAAAUUACCACUACUUACCACAUAUACCCACAAUCCCACACAAACAGAUAGCAAAAAUGAAAAAGUAUAUAGAAAAAUCUAUAUGUAAGUUUUAUGCCCACGAUAUUGUAACAAAAACGAAGUGAAUAGACUUUUGAAUUGCUACAUACUUACAUAGGUGUUAGUCCUAUGGACCUACUUCUACGAAACUCACAACCGCAUCCCACACCCAUUCACAAACACAUGCAGAUAGCAUUACAGAUAGCAGAAAAGCGUGAUAUACUAAACACUUGUAUUUGUAGCUAAAAAUCAUUUAGAUGAAAAAUUAUAAAAAGUAAAAAAAAGAAGUACUAACAAAAUAUAAUCAACGCUCUUCUCAUGCAUAAACAACACAUAUACAUACAUAGGUCAAUUUUCGUUUCCGCUUUCGAGCAAAUUUGUCGAA